CAAGCCCAAUAAUAGUGAAAACAAUUUUAAUUGUUACUAGACAAAACGGCAGCUCCAUUGAAGGAUAAAGAAGAAAAUUUCCAAGCUUCCAUUCCAUCCAUUUCGCAAACUGUUCGGUGAAAUUGAAUUCUAAACGAGUAUUCGCCGAUAACUUGAGAUCAAGAACAUCAGGUAUCAUGGUGAAUGCGAUCAAAGGAUUGUACAUCUCAUGUGACAUCCCAAUGGCUCAGUUCAUCAUCAACAUGAAUGCUUCACUGCCACAGUCGCAGAAGUUCAUUAUACAAGUCUUGGAUAACACUCACCUUUUUGUGAGGCCGGAUAUGGGUGGUAUGAUAAAAAGUGCUAUCGCGACAUUCAGAGAGCAAAAUACAUACGAGAAGCCCAGUUAGUUAGUCUGCUUGAGUAGAAUAUGGCCAAUUAAAAUACAGUUGUGUCCUUCAGGAUCAAAUUCUGGUGGUUCUGGGCAGAAAUUUAAGACUAAAUCUGAUCCAUGUCAAAUGUGGACUUGUAAUUGUGAACGGAGAGAAUAACUUUUCUUGACGAGCUACAUCAUCAGCCUUUCCUGUGUGAAAUGGUCAAAUUCACUUGCAUACUUUA